GAUCCUCUCACAACUGAGUUGAUUUUGAUGAAUGAUUCAGUCCUGUUUGUGUCUGAGAAGAUUCCUCCACCAAUUUACAAUCUCCAAGAUUUUGAUGUACCUGAUGCCAUCUCCCAGUUUCUGAAAGACUUUCCCAGUCUGCAGCCAAGAACCAUUCAAGCUUAUUGUUGGCGCCCAGCCAUACGUGGCAAGGAUAUCAUUGGCAUCUCUCCACAGAACUCUGGCAAGACCUGGGCUUACCUCGUUCCAAUUCUCUCCAACCUCUGCCAGUAUACAAUGUAUGCAGACAUUCAGUAUAGCAAUGGGCCCUUAGCCAUAAUCUUGGUCUCAUCUUGGAUCAAAGCUGAAGAAGUCUACGAGCAGUGCCGUCGGUUGGCAUCGGCGCACAAAGACAUCGUCGUAGAGGUCAUCUACGGUGGGGGUGCGGAACACAAUAAAUCGGUGAGUUUGUUGAAUGGGUGUCACAUCCUGGUGGCCACCCUACCAUGUCUCAGCCGAAUGAUGAUCAACCAGUACACUAACCUCAACAGGCUUUGUCAUUUGAUUAUUGAUGAAGCUGAUAUCAUUCUUGAAGACUUCUACAGUGAUAUUCGAGAUCUUAUGCGGUCCCUGAAGAAGCAAGUGCUGCUCUCGAAACAGAGAUCUAACCUGCAAAACCAGGUGAUGCUCUUUGGUAGUAAAUGGACGUCUCAUGUCAGAACAUUUGCCAUGAAUGCACUGGAGGAUGUUGUUAUUGUCAUUACGGACAUGAUAGAAGCAUCCAUCUAUGGCCGAGUUAAACAGAUUCCAAUGAUUACAACAGAAGAUGGCCGUGAGAGGAAACUAAUCGAACUUCUUCCUGACCUGACCAUCCAAGGCGAGAAAGUAAUCAUCUUCACCGAUGGGGAUCAGAGUUGUCACAAGGUUUUACUUUUAUUGAACAAUUACCUGACAUCAGCUGCUAUUGGAGUCUGGAGCUCUUCGUAUUUAGCCCAACGUGAGGAAUCCUCAAAGCAAUGGCAUCGACCCCUGUCUGAAAACGAACCUUACCGUUUCCUAGUGUGUUCUGAUAGUGUGCUUUGUGACCUGAAGAUUUCCGAUGCCACCUGCAUUGUUCAUUAUCAGUUCCCAUCUAAAAAGGUUCACGUUGGUCUAAGAAUGCAGACAAUGAGUAAAUAUUAUCCCCAUUACAAUGAUAAAACGGUGCCUUUGCGACUUGGUAAAUCUUACAUACUGAUGAGUAAGAUGGAUUUAAAGAAAGUGAAAAGUCUAAAGUCUUUAUUGUUGAACAACAGCAGCGGUCAACAUAGGGAUGAAACCAUCAAAUUUUUCUCUGUAAUACAAGAAGAGAACGAACGGAACCCAGAUAAUGCUCUGUGUUAUAACAUUAAAAUGUAUGGAAAAUGCAGGAGCUGUUCCAACUGCAACCAGCGCCAUAGCGUUUUGCCAGAGGUUGAUUUGAAUGGAUGCAGUGACGAACACAUCUUGUUGCCUAAUCAAGGAGAUGUGAGGAUUAUGGUCCUCCAUGUGAAGUCAGCCAGUCACUUCUUUGGGAGGAUCUUGGAAAUCUGGCAAGGCCAAAAGAAGUCUGUUGCUGUCCAUAGUGAUUUGGCCAGUCUUACACUCGGCAUGGCCACCCACUUUUGUGAUCCGGCCAACAAGAAACCUUUGGAGAAACUGGAAAUUGGAAUCCUGUGUACAGUUAACACAUCAAAAGGAUUCUUUCGUGUGACGGUGUCUAAACUGAACAAUUGUGCUUCGAAAAACACAGUGACCUUGUUCUUUGUUGAUAUUGGCAAGACCGAAGAACACCCGGUUUGCAAUCUGUACACAAUACCUGACCAGUUUGCUCGUGUGCCUUACCAAGCUGUAGAAAUAUUCCUCUGUCGACUCCAACCAGUCGACUGUGAUGUUCGCUGGUCUAAUUUUGCCAAUUCUUACACGAAUCUUUGGGUCGAGUCGAAGAUGUUGUAUGGAAAAAUUCAGUUCGUAACAAAGAAUUCACUGUGGCUCGAUCCACUUCUAGAACGGAUCUUUUUAAAGGACAUCAGUUCGGUAACCAAUGGCACAAGUCUGCGCCGGGAGCUGUUGGAUCAGAAACUUGCAGUCGAUAACCCUGAGCACUUGGUCCUUCUUCGAGAGAAAUUUAAGAAGUACCUCCCUGAUGAGAAACCCUCCAUCAUAGCCAAGACAAGAGUAACUGGUUGGGAAAGUGAUCUUACCUCAGAGCCGCUGGUUCCAGAAGAAUCUAACCAAAAUGUUGUGAUUUCAUACAUUGUCCAUCCUGGUCAUUUCUUUGUUCAGAAAGUGGACAAACUAAAUAGCCUCAGCGAAUUGAUGGAGAAGAUUCAGGAGAGUGUUCGGAAAGAAACUAAACCUCAACCGAAACGUGACUGGACAGAAGGACUGCACUGUUUGGCCAUCUGGUCUGAUUCUCUGUGGCACAGAGUACGGCUGACGAAGGUGACUGACAGCGAAGCCGAUGUCCAUUUUGUCGACCAUGGUUACUGUGGCACGGUGCCACUGAGUGAUCUUCGAACCAUGUCACAGCAGCUCAUGUGCCUCCCUGCUCAGGCGAUCAGGUGCCACCUGGCUCAUAUCAGCCCAGUGCCAGGCCAUUCAUUCAGUGAAAGCUCAGAAUUGUUUACCAAUCUCACACAAUCCCUUGAUGGACAGAACAAAAUCUUGACCCUAAAGGUUGUGUCACCCUGUGCACCAAACAAUAAUGACAAUGACAUCAUUGGAAAGGAUGAUGUUGAAACAGAUGGCUAUCCAUCGUAUGCUGUAGAACUGCUGGAUAAUACAGCAACAGCUGGCUCUGAAGACUGUAAUGAUGAUGAUGAUGAUGAUGAUGUUGAUGCUGAUAAUAAUAAUAAUAAUAAUAAUAAUAAUAAUAAUAAUAAUAAUAAUAAUAACCACAGUGUGGGUCAGCAGUUGGUCAACUGGAAGAAAGCAGUGUCCAGAGAUGGUUAUGUUCAGCCGGUGUUUGAAGAGUCCGAAACAGCUUUCCAGAUAUUCACUCCUUCGGCUGACAAGCUUGUCACAAUAUGCUGUGUCCUGUAUUGGAAGGAAGUAAGUUCAAAUAACACCAAGAUGGUAUUGCCUGAUGCUACUUUGGACAAGUCGGGACUUAAACUCACUGCUAACUUGCUUGGAAAAUACACAAAAGUCUGUCUCAAGUAUCCUGAGAGACUCAUUGCACACAGAUACCCUGAAAGCCUGCUCAAACUGUUAAACUACACAGAAGACCUGGUUAUCUUUAACACCCUAAUAACAAUCCUCAAAGGACUCUGUCAACACCGAAGGUAUAUUCUUUUGUUCUAUUCUUUUAUUUGUCCCAGCUAUUGGACUGUGUUUACCCUGGGCUCUACCUUUGAAGAUUUAGUCAAUCAUAGACACAGGUGUGGCUGUGCUGUUAAGAAAUUUGCUUCACAACCACAUUGUUUCAGGUUCAGUCCUUGGCACCUUGGGCAAGUGUUUUUUACUCUAGUCCCAGGCCAACCAAAGCUUGGUGAGUACACGAGGUAUAUCUAUAAUAAUAAAAGUGAAAUUCUGUCUGUCUGGUACCCCUGUAUCUCAGCUUACAUUUGCUUUCCAUAGACAUAGUAUAUCCUUUUGGAAUCAGGAUGAUCCUGGGAUUGAAAAUCUGCCCUUCAUUUGGCUCUUGAACUGCCAGCACUGGGACUGGUAAGCUGGAGAGCUGUAUCAGACCCCUGUUUGAUUUCGCUUGACUUCUAUGUCUGGAUGCCCUUCCUCGUGGCAACUAUUCCACAGAGUGUAGUGGAUGCCUCUUAUGUGCCACUAGCACUAACCACGACUACGAUUUUGCUUGGCUUGAUGUGUCCUCUGAGGCACAGCUAAUUGCCAAUAUGUCUCGAUCACUUGUCACCACCUUUGUGAAACCCAGCAUCUGAAGAUCAAGCCUUGCCUCCUUGUCUCAUGAGGUUCCUGGGUCUAUUUCUUCCACAGGUUUCUUCCUGUAUGUAUGUAUGUAUGUAGAAAGAAAGUAAGAGAUCAAGAGAAGUGUUGCUCUGCUGUAAAACAACUUAUCUUCUUCUGUGGUUCUACAUUGAGAACUACAGUUGGCUGUCCAGAGCCAGUGGGACGCUAAGGGAACCAUUAUGUGGCUGCUUGACCUUCUUGAAGUAGUAGCUAAAUCUCCAUCGAAUCAUACCUUCCUGUCUCAAGCAAGGGAAGUGUUUAUUAGAUGUAUAGUAAUGUAGUUCAACAUCCUUGUUCAUAGAUCUGCUCAUUCAGAGCUGAUUUAAGUGACUCACCAAACAAGGGCUGAGGAGUCAGUACACAAGACUUUUGACUCUGACAAAAAUGAAGUAGAUUGACAUGUUUAUUUUUUGAACCUGUGGAAGACACACGAGAUGUCGAAAUAUCGUUCACUUGAUAACAAUGGCACUCUUCUUUUUUUUUUGCUUCUAUAUCUUCUGGAGGAGUUACCUCAAUCUUAUAAAAUAUUAUUAUUAUUAUU